UGGCUGGUGACAUGUAAACAAAAUCGAUGCAACAUCAUUUUCCUUCUAUCAGACAAAAAAAUCGUUUGCGAGUUGUUAAAUAUGCAUUUAUGAAAUCUCAAGCGGUGCAAAUAUUUGUGCAGCAUGUACACAUUCCACGCGAUUCGAUUGUAUUUUUGGUUAAAUAAAACGACAUUAUUUGGUGCUGUUGUGUUAUUUAAUCUUAACGUUACGCUCACAGUUUCAGUUGGACAGUCAGUAUGUGACAGCAAUCCAUGUGUACAAGGUGUUUGCACUGAGCUAGGGAAUGGCCAGUUCUACUGCUCAUGUAUACCAGGUUAUGGUGGCAGUCGGUGUGCCACACUGAUCCUGAGUCGCGCUUGUCUAUCUCAGCCCUGUCUAAAUGGGGGCACCUGUCAGGCACAGUCAGGCACGUACAAAUGUAUCUGCAAGGACAGUUUCACUGGUGAGAGGUGUGAACGAGAGAGACUGCUCUGUGAAACCCGUCCCUGUCUGCAUGGGUGGUGUGUGAACACUCCUGAAGGCUAUACAUGCCAGUGUUCCAACGGCUUCACAGGUCAGAACUGUGAUGUCAGUAUUGACGAUUGCGCAAGUCAGCCAUGCCGAAAUGGAGGGCAGUGUUUUGAUGGAGAUCAAGGUUUUCACUGCGUCUGUCCACCAAACAAAACAGGGUCUAUGUGUGAGAGGAACCAGACAUGUCUUGAUGGAGAUCCGUGCAUGAACCAUGGCGUCUGUGUGCCUGGAAAGUCAAAGUCGUGCGUCUGUCUGCCUGGCUUUACGGGAGAUCGAUGUCAGGUCAACAUGGACGAUUGUCAACAUAAUAAAUGUCUGAAUAGAGGCACGUGUGUGGAUGGAGUGAGCCAGUACAUGUGCAUGUGUGCCUCAGGCUACACUGGCAGGCACUGUGAGACCAGACAGGAUGCAUGUGUGUCCAAUCCCUGCAAGAAUGGGGCCCGAUGUGUGGUUAGCCCCUUGCAGACAUCAACCUACAGCUGCUUCUGUGUGUCCCCUUUCUCAGGUAAAAACUGUGAGCAGACGAACAAUUUUGCCUGCAAGGCUGAGCCGUAUCCCUGCUUAAAUGGUGGAAUGUGUUCUGCAAUGGCCGGUUCCUUCCACUGCACAUGCCCACUGAACUAUGACGGGAACCAGUGUGAGAUACCAGUACCCUGCGCUAGUCAGCCCUGUCUUAACAAUGGCAAAUGUGUUCAUAAGGGAGGCAACCAGUAUUCCUGUGUGUGUGAUAAGCAGUACACUGGGGUUAACUGCGAAACAAGAAUUCUCUGUGUGGAAAAUAGGUGCCAAAAUGGCGGAAAAUGUAUAACCCAAGGUGGCACUGAGACUUGUCAGUGUGUGAAUGGAUAUUUGGGAGAAUUCUGUGAAAUAAGUUCAAUAUGUUUUCCAAAUCCAUGUAGAAACAAUGGGACUUGUUCAUCUUCAGGGAAUUUGCUUUUUGAGUGUCAUUGUUUGAUUGGUUAUCAGGGAAGUUUGUGUGAGACUAAGGUCAAUUUACCGUGCAACCAGAACCCAUGUAAAAAUGGUGCCACCUGUCAAGAUAUGUCAGUUUCCGGUUUCAAGUGCACAUGUCCUGAUGGUUUCCAUGGAAACCAAUGUGAAAUUAGGUCAAGUUCAUGUGAUUCACAACCAUGUCGGAAUAACGCUUCUUGCCAAGAUUUGCUUUCUGGUGGAUAUGUAUGUGAUUGCCCUGAAAAAUUCACAGGAAAUAAUUGUGACAAGCAAAUGACAAAUUUGACUUGUUCAAUGUGUGUUAAUGUGCAGAAAUGUGUAAGUACACUGGAAGAUAUUUUGUGUGAGUGUCUUGGUGGAUUUUCAGGAAAAUUCUGCAAUGUAACUUUGCCGUGUACCAGAAAUGAAUGCAAAAAUGGAGCCACAUGUGAGAACAUUGAUCCAGUAAAUUACAGAUGCCUAUGUAAUGCAAACACUACGGGAAGGUUUUGUGAGACUGUUGUACCAUGUAGCAUAAAACCAUGUAAAAAUGGCGGCUUUUGUGAAGAUUCGGCAGAUUUCACAACAUACAGCUGCGUGUGUAAGAAAGAUUACACUGGAAAAUUGUGUGAGCAGUAUAUUGUUUGUUCUAGCUCGCCUUGUAUGAAUGGGGGAACAUGCCUGAAUAAAGAUGAUGGGUCGUAUGUUUGUAAAUGCACAACAGUGUAUACUGGAGAUCGCUGCCAAACAUUUGACCCAUGUGGAAGCAGUCCAUGUUCAAACAAUGGCAGUUGCUCUUCUCAACUAAAUGGGACAUUUUCUUGUGUAUGUGGGGAUAAAUACGCUGGAGUUAAAUGUGAGACAGUUAAAUUCCCAUGCGAAACUGUCCCAUGUUUAAACAAUGGGACAUGUGUGCAUUUAAAUAUGGGUGAAUAUCAGUGUAAGUGUAUAACAAGAUUUGCUGGGAAGAACUGCGAAACAUUUGUGUCCUGUGCAAGUGGGCCAUGUCAAAAUGGAGGACUAUGUUUCAAUGAAAACGAUUCUUAUACUUGUGAAUGCAAGUCCAAUUUUCGUGGAGAAAAUUGCGAGAUACCAAUGCCAUGUGCAUCCCAGCCUUGCAAAAAUGGUGUCUGUAAGAACUCAGCUGAUUGGUCAACCUUCUCCUGUGAGUGUUACCCAGGAUAUGAGGGAUCUGACUGUUCCAUUACGAUUUCAUUAUGUGAUGCAAACACCUGUGUCAAUGGAAAAUGUAUGACUGCGUCGGGCAACAUGACUUGCGUGUGUGCCGAUGGAUACAAAGGCUCUAGAUGCGAUGUCAAGACAACGGUGUGUGACUCCGGCCCGUGUCAGAAUGGAGCUGAAUGCCAGCCCAGUGGUCAGCAGUCCUACAUCUGCCUCUGUCGGUCUGGUUACCAUGGUAACCUGUGUCAGGAACACAUAGACAUGUGUUUCUCACAGCCAUGUUACAAUGGGGCAACCUGUGUACAGUGCAGGGGUUUUAAUUGCUCUACUGAGUUUUCGUGCACUUGUGUGAAAGGAUUUAAAGGUGAUCGCUGUCAAAGCCCUAUUUCCCCUUGUGAUCAGUUCCCAUGUUUUAAUGCUGGGGUGUGUGUAGAUGCCAAUACUGCUGAAGGGUACCAGUGUAGAUGUGCACCUGGGUUUUCAGGUAGCCGAUGUGAGGCGGUUGUGAGUCCAUGCAGUAGUAGACCAUGCAACAAUGGCGGCCAAUGUACAUCGUCCAUGUCUGCCAUUGCUGACUUCACGUGCACAUGUGUUGGUCCCUACACAGGGCCACAGUGUGAAACAAGGAUAAAGAACUGCAUGGACCAUCAGCCGUGUAAAAACAACGGUAAAUGCCACAACGACUCCAUAUCGGCCUACUGUGAAUGCCCGCUGGGAUUCUACGGCAUUUUCUGUGAGCAUGUCACAAGUGAGGAGUGUAUGGCUGGCCCAUGCAAGAACGGGGGAGAGUGUUGGAUGAAGGAUGGGCGAGCUGCCUGUCAGUGUCCUGCAGGAUUCACCGGCACACUGUGUGAGACAUUGAUGGCUUUUGACUGUACAGUCACCUCAUGCUUGAACGGUGGAUUCUGUCAGAGUGGCCAGUGCUUCUGUCCCGUGGGAUACAGUGGGCACAGGUGUACCAAGGCAUAAUGACCGGUUCUGGGUAUCAUACAGUGGACCAUGAUUACUGACACCAGGACAUUCCAUUCACCGUUGUCAUGAUUAUUUUCACUAUUUUUUCUUCCUUUUAACUAAAUAAUGAAGCCUUGAUUCUGCGGGGAAAAAGCAUCUUUAAAAUUAAGGUCAUGUUCUUUUUGGCCAUCCCUUAUGUACAUGUGGUCAGAUACCUAAUUGUCUGUUUGUUUUGAUUUUGUCAUUUUAUUUGUUUGUUAUGUACUCACACUGUUCCUGGGCAAGCUGGUUACCCGCUACUGAGUGCAUACACUGGUUCCAGUAACUGACAACUGGCUGAUUGAUUGAUUGAAAGGUAGAAGUAGAAUGACAAUAGAAAUUAUUUCAUUACCAAUCCACACCACAAAUAAGUUGCUUGGCUUGGAUUGAACCACUUACCAGGUAAGUCUUUUAUGACAUACUAUUACACAGUCUUGUUCAAUACAAUUGCAAUGGUUCAUUUUUCACCAUGCACUUGUUUUGAGAUACAAUAAAACAUAAUGUCUGCAUAUAAGGUUUGUCAGGUCUGCCACUACCCUUAGUGUUAAGUUGAUAACUGUGCGAUAUAUUGAUUAUAAUUUGUUAUGAGUCUACUGAUGUGACGUUAUUUCAACUAUUAAAGGGGCAUAUCAAUUAAAUACUCCCACUAUAGGAAGACAUGUUGAUAAUAUAUAUGUGUAUCUAGUCAAAAUGAUAUAUUAUUCUAUAUCCAAUAAAUUCAUCCAAUCGGCAUUCUUCAUAUGUACCACGUGACCGACCAAUAUGUUCCGGUAUUGGAUCCAAAAAGUCUGUAUUUUUUCCAUAUUGGACAGUUGAGUACAAGUGCACUAAGCAAUUGUUUUAUAACGCUAAAACCCGUUACCGAGAAAAAGUAUCCGAAUGCACUAUACUCGACUCACACGGCCGCUUGUCUUGAAAAUAGCAAAGAUGCAAUUAAAGCGUUUAAAAUCAAAAUUAAAAUGAAACAAAGAGCUGAAGAAAGGGAUAGAGAAUAAAAACCUUAUUAGACGUUUAAACUGUACAAUACGUGAUAUAUUUGGACUCGAACACAGUUUGAAGUCAUAUUGGACUUGCCUAACGGCUCAUCCAAUAUGACGUCAAACUGUGUGCUCGUCCAAAUAUAUCUCCGUAUUGUACAGUGAAACGUCUAAUAACCUAUAAUUAUUGAUGAAAUUAUUCAGAAGUACCAUAUCAAUAGUGUGCAGGUCAUGUAUGGUUAUAUUGUUUUUAUUACUUUUCUUUUUCCUGUUCUAGAUAAAAAUUGUCCUUAGGAAAACUUUUAAUGAUUUUAAAAAUAAAUAUUUAAUGAAUGUCAUUAAGUUAAGACUUUUAUGUUUACCAGUCAUUUAAUACAAAUUUUUAAAGAUAAUCUUUAUUUUUGAAAAUAUUUAUACCCUAUUUGCUGUCUACGUUCCUCUUAAAUGCAUUUGACGAAUUUGGAAGUGUUUUUGCUAUGCAAAAAGUUUUAAAGUCAGGUUUUUAAUUGUAUCAUGUCUUUGUGCAAUAUUUUAUCCUGCCAUUUGUUUGUUCCUACAUGUAUGUUACAAUAAAUCGUCAAUUUUGAUGAA